AUGAUACGUAGCAAAAUGAACAUUAAGACUAAUAUUCCCGAAUGGAUUCGCAUUCAAAUGAAAGACAUAAGAAGUGCCUCCGAUUUUAUAGACAAAUAUCUGACGGCUGCCGACAAUACACACAAUGAGAGUAAUAAAAACAUAUUUUUACAGUACUUAGAGAGAGGCGAUUCAGGAAACCGUUCCGCAGAGGAAAUGGAUAUCAAUGAGGAAAUACCCAGAAUUGCGAGUCCGGCCGCGUGUAUACCUGAGAUGAAAAUCAUUGAACUCCAGGCCACCAAUUCUGGCGAUGAACUAUAUUACCCGUCGUGUGUGCGAAUACCCCGGUGCUCGGGCUGCUGCCUCAGCCAACGAUUACAGUGCGUUCCUAUACUCACAUCAUUUGAAGACAUAUCUGUGAUUCGCGUGAAGUACUCAACGGUCGAGAGGCGACUGAAGUUUGAAGGAUUCAAAGUGUUUCGUAUCGAAAGGCACGACAUGUGUUCGUGUGAUUGCAUUCAGAAAGCGGUCGACUGUUCGCCGAAACAAAUCUACUCCGAAAGCGAGUGUCGAUGCCUUUGUCCAAACGUAUCGCGAUAUUGGGAUUAUAACGACUGUGACUGCAAAUGCAAAUCAAUGCCUUUGUGUUCCACUGGAUUUUCGUUCAAUAACAUCACAUGCCGUUGUGAAUCAAUGGAUAAUGACUCAAAUAUUAGCCAUACCGAUGGAUCCAUUGACUUGAAUGAUGGCUAUAGUAGGUUGGGUGCGCACCAGUAUGCUCUCGAUAAGAAAGUGGACACUGAAAUAGACGCUCAAAACAAUAAGGGUCUGAAUAUAUUGAACGCCAAAGGAAUUAAUCCCGACUUUAACGACGACUACCAACAAAACACUGGCUCUUAAUAGUAGGCAAUCAUUAGUUUUUAAGAUUUAAAAAAGUUUUAAUGUAUUAUUUUUUAGUCAUUUUAUAGUUG